AUGGCCUGGGAUUCUGAUUUGGAAAAUAGAUUCCUCGCUUUUGAGCCUGCUUCAGUGGAGGGUUUUGACCCACCGCAUCAAAGCGAUACAAGAACUAUUUAUAUAGCAAAUCGUUUUCCCCAGCAUGGCCAUUAUGUUCCUCAGAAGUUUGCUGACAACAGAAUCAUAUCAUCCAAGUAUACAGUGUGGAAUUUUGUUCCAAAAAACUUAUUUGAGCAGUUCAGAAGAGUAGCCAACUUUUAUUUUCUGAUUAUAUUUUUGGUUCAGCUCAUGAUAGAUACACCUACCAGUCCUAUUACCAGUGGAUUGCCAUUAUUCUUUGUCAUAACUGUGACAGCCAUAAAACAGGGUUAUGAAGACUGGCUACGACAUAAAGCAGACAAUGAAGUAAACGGUGCUCCAGUUUAUGUUGUUCGAAGUGGUGGCCUUGUAAAAACUAGAUCUAAAAACAUUCGGGUGGGGGACAUUGUCAGAGUAGCCAAAGAUGAGACUUUUCCUGUUGAUCUGGUGCUUCUGUCAUCUGAUCGAGUCAACGGUUCAUGCCAUGUUACUACCGCAAGUUUGGAUGGAGAGACCAAUCUUAAGACACAUGUUGCAGUUCCAGAAACAGCAGUGUUGCAGUCUGUUACCAACCUCGACAAACUUGUAGCUGUUAUAGAAUGUCAGCAGCCAGAAGCAGAUCUAUACAGAUUUGUUGGAAGAAUAACUAUAAGUCAACAAACUGAAGAAAUCGUACGACCUCUUGGGCCUGAAAGUCUCUUACUUCGUGGAGCAAGAUUAAAAAACACUAAAGAAAUAUUUGGUGUUGCAGUGUAUACAGGUAUGGAGACAAAGAUGGCAUUAAAUUACAAGAGUAAAUCUCAGAAACGGUCAGCAGUAGAAAAGUCCAUGAAUUCCUUUUUGAUUAUUUAUCUAAUAAUCCUCCUCUUCGAAGCCAUUCUGAGCACUAUUUUAAAGUAUGCCUGGCAAGCUGAAGAAAAAUGGGAUGGGCCUUGGUAUAAUGAAAAAACGGAGCAUGAAAGAAACAGCAGUAAGAUUCUGAAAUUUAUUUCAGAUUUUCUUGCUUUUCUGGUACUUUACAAUUUUAUCAUACCUAUUUCACUUUAUGUGACUGUUGAGAUGCAGAAAUUUCUUGGAUCUUUUUUUAUUGGCUGGGAUCUUGACCUGUAUCAUGAAGAAACAAACCAGAGAGCACAAGUAAAUACUUCAGACCUCAAUGAGGAAUUGGGACAGGUAGAGUAUGUGUUUACAGACAAAACCGGUACAUUAACUGAAAAUGAGAUGCAGUUUCGGGAGUGCUCCAUUAAUGGCAUAAAGUACCAAGAGGUCAACGGUAAACUAACUCCAGAGGGGUUUUCCGAAGAUUCUCCAGAUGGAAAUAGGCAUAGUUUGAUGAAAGAGGAGGAACUGUUCUUGAAAGCAGUUUGUCUUUGUCAUACAGUGCAGAUCAAUGCAGAUCAAACAGAUGGUGCUGAUGGUCCCUGGCAUGCCAAUGGAAUAGCAUCCCCAUUGGAGUAUUAUGCUUCUUCACCAGAUGAGAAAGCUUUAGUUGAAGCUGCAAGCCGGGUUGGAGUAGUCUUUACUGGAACUAGUGGGGACAAUAUGGAAGUAAAAAGUCUCGGAAAACCAGAAAGGUAUAAAUUGCUUCAUGUUUUGGAGUUUGAUCCAAAUCGCAGACGAAUGAGUGUCAUUGUAGAGAGUCCCUCAGGGGAAAAGCUUUUAUUCACAAAGGGAGCAGAAUCUUCCAUUCUUCCUCGUAGUAAGAGUGGAGAAAUAGACAAAACAAGGAUACAUGUGGAUGAAUUUGCUUUGAAAGGACUAAGAACUUUGUGCGUAGCCUACAGAAGAUUCACACCUGAGGAGUAUCAAGAAAUUGGCAAACGCCUUCAUGAGGCCAGGACUGCCUUACAACAACAGGAAGAAAGAUUAUCAGAUGUAUUCAACUUCAUAGAAAGGGAUCUGGAAUUACUUGGGGCUACAGGAGUAGAAGACAAACUGCAGGAGAAAGUCCAAGAAACUAUAGAAGCACUCAGGUUGGCUGGUAUCAAAGUGUGGGUACUCACUGGAGAUAAGCAUGAAACAGCCGUUAGUGUCAGUUUAUCAUGUGGACACUUUCACAGAACCAUGAACAUCCUCGAGCUUGUGCAACACAAGUCAGACAGUACAUGUGCAGAACAACUGAGACAGCUAGCCAAGAGAAUAAAGGAAGACCAUGUUAUCCAGCAUGGCCUGGUUGUGGAUGGGACCAGCCUCUCUCUUGCACUCAGGGAACAUGAAAAACUGUUCAUGGAAGUUUGCAAAAACUGUUCUGCAGUGUUGUGCUGUCGCAUGGCACCCCUUCAGAAAGCAAAGGUAGUGCGACUGUUAAAAACGUCUCCAGAGAAACCUAUAACAUUAGCGAUCGGUGAUGGUGCUAAUGAUGUGAGCAUGAUACAAGAAGCACAUGUUGGCAUAGGAAUCAUGGGCAAGGAAGGAAGACAAGCUGUAAGAAACAGUGACUAUGCAAUAGCACGGUUUAAAUUCCUCUCCAAGUUGCUUUUUGUUCAUGGGCACUUCUACUAUAUUAGAAUAGCAACCCUUGUACAGUACUUUUUUUAUAAGAAUGUGUGCUUUAUUACACCACAAUUUUUAUAUCAGUUCUUCUGUUUGUUUUCACAACAAACGCUCUAUGACAGUGUAUACCUGACUUUAUACAAUAUUUGUUUCACUUCUUUGCCUGUCCUCAUAUACAGUCUUUUUGAACAGCAUGUGCAUCCGCAUGUAUUACAGAGUAAACCUGUGCUCUAUCGUGACAUCAGUAAAAAUGCCCAUCUGGGGUUUAAACCAUUUCUUUACUGGACCAUCUUGGGCUUCUUUCAUGCAUUUGUUUUCUUUUAUGGCUCGUAUCUUCUAAUGGGCGAAGACACUUCUCUGCUGGGAAAUGGCCAGAUGUUUGGAAACUGGACAUUUGGUACUUUGGUCUUCACCGUUAUGGUUAUAACUGUUACGAUGAAGAUGGCACUAGAAACUCACUUCUGGACAUGGAUAAACCAUUUUGUUACUUGGGGAUCCAUUGUAUUUUAUUUCAUAUUCUCCUUGUUUUAUGGGGGAAUUAUCUGGCCAUUUUUACAUACCCAGGACAUGUACUUUGUAUUUGUUCAGCUGUUGUCAAGUGGUUCUGCUUGGUUUGCCAUAAUGCUCAUAGUAGUUGCUUGUUUGUUUCUUGAUGUUGUGAAGAAAGUGCUGUACAGACAUCUACAACCAACAAGUACUGAAAAAGCUCAGCUUACUGAGGCAGGUUCAGGUAUCAACUGCUUGGACUCCAUGUGCUGCUUCUCAGAUGGGGAAACAGCAUGCACAUCUGUUAGAAGAAUGCUGGAACGACUAAUGGGAAGAUGUAGUCCAACCCGGGUCAACAGAUCAUGGAGUUCAUCGGAUCCCUUCUAUGCCAACGACAGAAGCAUCUUGACUCUCUCCACAAUGGACUCACCCACUUGUUAACCAGGGACAUUUGUGAAUGCCUUGUGGAAGCCAUGUGGUGCUCACACACCUAUAGUAGGUUCUGAAGCGAGUUCAGUGCUACAUCCCUGCCCUAGAAAAGACUAGCAUAACUUCUAAAUACAAACUGUGGCUUGUCUUGUGGCCUAGCCUAAGUCAUCUGGACAGUAAUCGCUUCCAAUGUUUUUUCUAAUUAUAUCCACAAAUUGCUAUAUAAUUUUUAUUUGUAAGGAACGCUUUUACCUCUGACCAUUUAAUCUUUGUUGUUACUGUAUGAACAGAUUGGAAUCCUGCAUCUGAUACUGGAGGCGUCAUUAUAGCGCAGUGGCAAAAUCUCCUCCCAAAUCCGAGUGAUCCAAUAGAACUGAAUUUGCAUAAUGAAACUUCUAAAAGUUGCAUUUUUCAUGAUGACCCUUCACUUUAAACACACACAUUAAUUUUGAGCUGUCUCUUACAGAUGCUGUCUUAACAGUUUGCAAAUGAAUUUUGUUAUUUUCAUGGACGGUUACAAUAUUCUAUAAGCAAUCAGUUUAAUAAUUUUUGAGAGUUAAAUGCAAUUCAAAUAUUUAUGCUGGUGUAUGAAUGGCAAUAUAUUAGUCAUUGCUUUGAAAAACACUGUUAACUUUGACAAAUUGAUGAUUUGGCAUAAUAAGGGAUGUAACAGUUCAUUGUUCUCUUAAAGUAUAAUUCAGAAGCCAGUCAUCUUUUAUUAUGCCCUUUGUGUUUUGUUAACAAUUCUUGAUCCUGACAUGGAAAAAUGUGUAAGAAUUGGUGGAUUGUGUGGAAGUCUCACUAGCAUAAAUUUUUUGAAUUAGUAAUCCUUUUGAAGUUGGGGAAUUUUUGCAUGUUUUACUCUUUUUCAUGUAUUUAUAUUUGGUCACGUUGUACUUUGAAGAUACAAUUAAAGCUUAAUUAUCUUCAUAUAUCUGAAAGAUCGGAGACAUUGAUGGCAAUGUUUUGACACCUAAGUAUGCCAAUAAAAACAAAUAGCACAGAUGGAGCUUUGAAUGGUACGUCUUGCAGGUACAUCUGUUGUCCCAGUAUAAACGUGUUUGCAUGUUUGGGGCUGGGUAGCAACAUUUGCCUGUUCAUUUGGCGGGGAUGACUAAACCUAUUGGUUGUCUUUAGAUGUGGGAGAUAAAACGGAGGUGCUGCCACCAGGGACGUCCGUAGAGCACUGCCUUAGGUAGGGCAAUUUUUAUGGCUAGAGGCUGGUUAAAAUGCUGCUAGUUAAAAUGCU